GAAGGAUCCUUUCCACGGAAUACAAUAGACCGAUGAAAGAUGACUUGACCGUUAAAAACUAGCUCUACCUCGUCGGACUGUAGCGAUGUUUAAACCUCUGUGUGCAUAGUUUCACACCGUCCCUCUGUUGUCGUGGACUUCAAUUUGUUUCGGUGUUGCUGCUGAAGAAACCUUAUCUGAUCCGAGAUGACAGAAAUCAGCGAAAAGGAGAAUGAACCUCAAAACCGGGACCUUCGCCGACCACAGGCCACCAUGCCCAGCCAACAUGAAUCAAAGUUACAGCGGUUGAAGCGCACCCUGUCCUUCAAAUCAGUCAUGCGCAGCAAGAGUGUGGAAAACUUUUUCCAGCGCGGUAACGGCGACUCCCGCACUCCCUCAGCCCUCAUCACCACACCUUCACCCCCGCUAUCUCCUUCCCCAGUCCCGGAGUCCCCCCUGGCCUAUGAUCGCUCUCCGUCCCAUUCCCCUUCUACGAGUCCCAACCCUUCAUUGUCAUCACGCUCACCUUCUAUUAGUCCAUCCCUGUCCUUUAGACAAACCACUAAAACCCAACCAAAGUCUUUGGCCCAGCUGGUGGAGCCGACCCACUGUUUCCAGGAGCAUGUCUUCCGUAAGUCCACCAGCUGCCAGCGAUGCAAACACAUGAUCCAAGGGAACUCCAAGCAGGGGCUGCGAUGUAAAGCCUGUAAGAUGGCGGCCCACCUCUGGUGCUCGUCUGAGCUCUCCCAGAAGCCCUGUAAUGGCAAGACAGGAGCUUUCAAGAGAAACUUCAGCUCUCCUCUGUUAACCACUGAUACGCUGGGCGUGGUCAGAGAGGCUCCUGCUGCCCAAGAGGCUGAUAAUGGCAUUGUUGACCCUGUGUAUGAGGCACUGCGCUAUGGAACGUCGCUGGCUCAGAUGAGUCGCUCCAGCUUCAGCAGUAUCUCAGAGUCACCCUGUCAUGAGGCAGAAGAACUGCAAGACAAAAGAGAAAACCAGCCAAUAGCCGAAGAGGAGCACAUCCCAGGAAUGCUUACCCCUCCUGAAAGUGAGAAGGCUGAUUCAGAAGACAGGGUCAGCCUCAAGACUCCUAAGAAAGUAGAGAUCCACUCCGUCCACACAUAUGUGGCGCUCUACAAGUUUCUGCCUCAGGAGAAGAACGACUUGGAACUACAACCUGGCGACAGAGUUCAAGUCACUGAUGACUCCAACGAGGAUUGGUGGAAGGGGAAAAGCAGAGACAAGGUGGGAUUAUUCCCGGCCAACUUUGUGCAGCGGGUCCGCCCUGGUGAGCGUGUGUGGAAGGUCAUUGAUGGUUUCCACGGCAACCGAGACAAAGGCCAGAUGACUGUAAAAGAGGCCCAGAUCUGUGUGGGGAAGAAUGAGGAGAUUGACGGUUUCCUCCGGCUGAGCAGCGGGAAGAAGAGAGGCUUGGUCCCUGUGACGUAUCUGCUAGAAAUAUGAUGACAGUGCACCUCUCCUUGACCCUCAGUUUGACAAAGAAGUUCACUAUGAUGGAGGAAUACUCAGGAGUGUUUACCAGACACCUCACUGACUGACAACCACCCACCUCCACCCCUCCAAAAAGUGGCAGUGAAUUAGAAGCUUGAGUGGACAACGAUCCACUUUUUACUGCAGAACCUUUUAAGACUUAAAGGAGGUGAGGGGGGGUCUCCUUCAGAGUUCUUUAGAGCUACUUUUCUUGUAGCACAACUUUACUUUGUGUGGUUUUAAACACACUCACCAAAAGAAAUGUAGCAUCAUGUUGAAGAGGAUAGUGUGCAGGAAGUCUGGCUACCUCGCUAGCCAAUUCAAUUGGUCAUCCAUAUGUGAAAAAUGGGAGAGGACUAACUUAUUAUGAUGCCAAGGUGUAUCCAAGCCUUGUGAACCGUCUUCAUUUCACUGUGUAGAGAAAACAAGACGUUCGAGAUGUGAAAGAUUGUAGCUGUUUAUUGUAGUGGCUUGUGCAAACACCUUUUUUUCACCUUUUAGCAGAUUUGGUUCAUUAGAUUUAACUGAAGGUAUGAACCAUGACUAUUCAGUUUUGUAUGUGCAGCUGACAAUGUGCACAUGUCUGCUGUUGAGAUAUGGAUUCAUGAGGUGCAUGUGUGUCACUCCAACUCCGUCUAGAAAAUGAUUCAGGUAUUACAUUGUUUGUAUGUGCACAUUUAAAAAAAUGAAGUCUUCUCUGCUACAACUUGGUCAAAUGAAAGUCAUACCACACACACACACACUGGGAUUUUCUGCAUUUCAGACUGCUCUCCAGUGAUUGGAUUACUGUACAUGUGUGCUCUUUGCAGCGCAGAUGUGACAAAUGCUUUGCAUGCACCUUGGGGAGCUUUUUUCCUCAGUACGCCCUUCAAUGGCACUACACACACUAACACAUAUAUUUUUGAAGUUUACUUUGUCCCUUGGAACUCUAAAGUCAGCCACUAGAAUCCGCUUCCUGUCAUUAUAUCGUCAGUGUUGUUUAUCUGUAUGUAAAGUCCUGUAAUAUUAGCUGUCAUAUCCUGUCGUGUACUACAACGUGACGAUGGUGUGCUCUCUUGACUUUCUGAUGCUUUUCUUGCAUGUAGGAGUAGAGCAAAGAAAUACUAUUAUUCAGGAUGACCGAUUUAAAAAAAAAAAAAAAAGUUAGUGUUAUCUGUCAAAAGAGGGGUUAAGGUUUUUCAAACAUUCAGUCUCUCCGAAGGUCAAGUUCCAAAUGUCAGCUGUCAAAAAUGUGCUGAAUUUUUUUAUGAAUGGCUGUUUCUCCCAGCACAUGAUUACAUUUAAGUAACUCUGGGGGACUGUUAAGGUGAUUUUUAAGGUAAAAUCACCACGUGCUAUUUGAUUUAUUGCUCUGUCAUUAUAAACCAUAAGGCAGUAACAAACUGCCUUUGUUGUGGCAAUAACUGUAAAUAAAGAUAUUAGAUUAUUUGUACAUAGCCUUAUAAAGAUACUGUGUAUAUAUAUAUUGGCUCUGAAUGGCUCUCUGACCAAGAGGUUUGCAGGUGUCCAGAAGCCAACUAAGGGCAUUAAUCUCAGUUAUAAAUUACCAGAGAUAAUUAUUUAUUAUCCCACUUACCAAUGUAUGCAUCUCUUUGCUCAAUUAACAUCUAGCCCUGUUAGCACAAAUAUUUUCAAAAACUAUGCACAACAGUUCUAGUCACUCACUGUAUGUUAUACUCAGCUUAUGUCCAGUGUAGCCACACACGUGUCUGUAUACCUGUGCUUUUGCAAAAGAUUUUAAUUUGGACUCCAGCUUUUUUCCAGCAAGUGUCCAUCUUGGAACAGUCUGCACCAUACUAAUCUUAAACAUUAUAUUCACUGGCUAGAACCAAGAUUGGCUCAGGAUCAGUAUUACCCAGGUGAAUUCCCUUUCUCACCUUAAUGCACACUACCAGGCUAGUUCUUUGCAUGGCUAGCUGCCCUUUGAUCCUCACAUUGUCUCAAUAAAGUCAGAUGAACUGUCAAA